AUGAUUGAUGGACAUUGUUCUCUUUCAGUGUCAGACUGGAGACUUGUCAUUUUGGGAAAAACUGGAGUUGGGAAAAGCAGCCUGGCAAACACCAUAUUUGGAGAGAAACUGUUUACAGUCAACAACACUGCUAACUCUGGAACAAGAGAAUGUCGAGCAGAAACCAGAUCUGUCAAUGGUAGAAGCAUCACUUUGGUCGACACUCCUGGUUUCUUCGACACAGAUAAAUCUGAGGAGGAGCUGAAGCGUGAGAUACUGAGGUGCAUCAUAGAGUGUGCUCCUGGGCCUCAUGCUUUUCUCAUUGUGCUUGAAGUAAAGAAAUUCACAGAGCAUGAGAAGGCUGUAAUCAACAAAAUACACCAAUACUUUUCUGAAGAAGUCUUCAAAUAUGCAACAAUCGUCUUCACUCAUGGUGAGCAGCUCCCUGAAGGAGAGAAAAUUGAGGAUUUUGUCUGCCAAAAUAAGUCUAUGACCGAUCUGGUGAAGAAGUGCGGAGGCCGCUGCCAUGUCAUUGAUAAUAAAUACUGGAACAACCAACAGAAUGAAUACAGGAACAACCAGUUCCAGGUGAAAGAGCUACUCAAGACAGUAGAAAAGACAUUGCUGGCAAACGAAGGAGGCUGCUACACCAAUGAGAUGCUACAAGCAGUGGAGGAAAAAAUACAACAAGAGGAGAAGCGCAUCAGAAAGUCAUCAGGAAACAUGUCAGAGAGAGAGAUCAGAAAGCAGGCUAAGAGCAGAGCAUUUGAGGGGCUUUGGAUCAAACUAGCAGGUUUUGUAACAGGUGCAUUAUUAGGAGCUUUUUUGGGAAAAGCAGAGACGGUAUUAACCACACUUGCAGUGGCAUCUGCUGCUGUAGUGGAAGCAGUGAAAGGAGGUUUACAAGGAUAUGAGGCAGCUGAGGGAGCAGACACACCCUGGGAAGCAGCUAAAAGGGCAGCAGAGGCUGUCAUGAAGGAUGAAGGUUUGGGGGAAAGCCAAUCACAGCCAGCGUUGAAACAGACUUCUAUGCGUGCUGUGCUGUUUACCUUCAUGGCGUUCAGUGCUGCAGUACACGGGGCCUCGCUGCGCUACGGAGGCAUGGCUGGCCGGUGCGUCUUCUGCUGGCCAUUUAGCUUCAUCAACUGCCAGACUGGUGUUUGUCAGUGCCUGAGAGGACAAGAGAUGAAGGAAGGAGACACACUGAGUGACAGAGAACAGAAAUAUAGAUGCUAA